AUGGGCGGCCAGACCAGAUCUCACGGGCAUAGCCAUGGCCACGGCCACGGCCACGGUCAUGGUCAUCACCACCACCACCACCACGAUACCACAUAUCUGACCUCGAAGAACAAGCAGGAUCCCGGCGUCCGCAUCACCAGAAUCGGCCUGCUCGCCAACCUGGCCAUGGCCGUCGGCAAGGGCGUCGGAGGCUACGUCUUCCACUCGCAGGCCCUGAUUGCAGACGCCUACCAUGCCCUCGCGGACCUGGUGUCGGACUUCAUGACGCUGGGCACCGUCUCCUGGUCGAACAAGCCGCCCUCGGCUCGCUUCCCGCUGGGCUACGGCAAGAUCGAGACCCUGGGCUCCCUGGGCGUCAGCGGCCUGCUGCUCGUCGGCGGCGUGCUGAUGGGCCUCAAUGCCGCCGAAGUCAUCCUCACCCAGUUCUUCCCGGACCUGGCAGAGGCGGCGGCUCAUAUGGGCCUGCUCGGCCACGGCCACGGCCACUCCCACGGCCACUCACACUCGCAUUUCCCUUCCGACCAGGCCUACGGGCCCAAUAUCAACGCUGCCUGGCUUGCUGCGGGCUCAAUUGUCGUCAAGGAGUGGCUCUACCACGCCACUAUGAAAAUUGCAAAGGAGAGAAAGUCCUCCGUCCUUGCAUCCAACGCCGUCCAUCACCGUGUCGACUCUCUCACUAGCAUCGUCGCCCUGGUGACCAUCGGCGGCGCCCAUGUCUUCUCUGACGCUACCUGGCUGGACCCGGUGGGCGGUCUCCUCAUCUCCAUCAUGAUCAUCAAGGCCGGGCUCGGAAACACCAAGGCCACUCUCUUAGAACUCGCAGACGCAGGCGUCGAGGAGAGCAUGGUCGACUCCGUGCGCAAGUACGCCGCCCGAGCCAUCGCUGCUCUUCCACACGGCGCCGAGGUCGAGCUGCGCAACAUCCAGGGCGUCAAGUCGGGCCCCAACUACCUGAUGGAAGUCGACCUUGCUGUCCCCGGCUCGUGGUCGGUUGCUCGGACCCGCGAGGUCGAGCGGGCCAUCCGCGAACGGGUAGGAGCUCGCGUGAGAGGUGUUAAGCGGCUACGGGUUCGCUUCACUCUCGAUACAGAGAAGGAGCUGGACUUUGCGGAGGAGUUCAUUGCCCCGGACCUCAGUCCUCGUAGCAGCCCCGAGCCCGAGCCUGAGACCAAUGGCAACGGCUCUAUUUCAUCGGGCUCGCAGUCAGAGCCACAAGUUAAUGGCACUCGCAGACGGCAUUAG